AUGGACCGGGAGGAGAGUGAUGAGAGCGGACAGCGCCCUCAGCAGUCCGUGUGUGAUGACUCAUCCUCAGAACUACAGAGAAUGGCCGCUAUCGACAGAAGAGACAUCAACUCCCAGAAUUCCCUGAGAGGUCGUGGGGCUCUGUCCAGAAUAGUGAGCAUGGUUCUGACUCUGAGGGACUGGGCUCAUAAGGGUUUACACGAGGAGGUGGAACGACCAGACUCCUUCCUAGAACGCUUUAGAGGGCCCCACCCACUCUGACCUGCAAGCUCCUCCCAGUGUGUCAGCUACAGCAACACAGGGUCAGACGUAGAGGAGAGGAGGCAGAGAAGACGAAGGAAAAGAAAGUGCCAUAUAAUUGUAUUGAGUCCAUCAGAUGACCUGUAUUACCACUGGCUUUGUGUGAUCGGGACAGCAGUGUUUUAUAACUUCACUUUACUGGUGGUCAGAGCUUGUUUUGAGGAGCUGCAGGUGGAGCACCUCCUGGUCUGGUUGGUGCUAGACUACAUCUGUGAUGGAGUUUACAUUCUGGACAUUGCUGUGCGCCUACACACUGGUUUCCUGGAUCAGGGUCUCUUGGUGCGUGAUUUGGCUCGCCUCAGACACACCUACAUUAGAACAGUGCAGUGUUGGUUGGAUCUGGGCUCGGUGCUACCCACUGACCUGCUGUAUCUGUGGGUGGGGCCAGACUACACCCCUCUGCUCAGGUUUAACCGUCUGCUCCAUUUGACCCGCCUCUCUGAGCUUUUUGAACGCACAGAGACCAGAACAGGAUACCCCAACGCAUUUAGGAUCUGCAAACUAGUGCUCUACAUUCUUGUCAUCAUCCACUGGAACGCAUGUGGGUACUACAGUUUCUCGUUAGUCCUGGGUCUGGGCUCAGACUCUUGGGUCUAUCCAAAUGCCUCUGACCCGGAGUUCUCCUCUCUGACCCGGAAGUACAUCUACUGCCUCUACUGGUCCACGCUGACACUCACCACCAUCGGGGAAACACCGCCCCCUGUCAGAGAUGAGGAGUACCUCUUUCUCAUAUUUGACUUUCUGGUGGGAGUCCUGAUCUUUGCCUCCAUCGUGGGAAAUGUUGGCUCGAUGAUCUCAAAUAUGAAUGCCACCAAAGCAUCAUUCCAAUGCCGAGUGGACGCUCUCAAACACUACAUGCACUUCAGACACGUGAGCAAAGGAUUGGAGCAGCGCGUGAUUCGCUGGUUCGAUUACCUCUGGACCAAUCAGAAGACGAUCGACGAACAGGAAGUGCUCAGGAGCCUGCCCUGCAAACUGAGAGCCGAGAUCGCCAUCAACGUGCACCUGGACACACUUAAGAAGGUGCGUAUCUUCCAGGACUGUGAGUCGGGGCUGUUGGUGGAACUGGUGCUAAAGCUUCAACCUCAAGUGUUCAGUCCUGGAGAUUACAUCUGUAGAAAGGGAGAUGUGGGAAAGGAGAUGUACAUAAUCAAAGAUGGCCGCCUGGCUGUGGUUGGGGACGAUGGUGUGUCUCAAUUUGCUGUUCUGACCGCGGGCAGCUGCUUCGGAGAGAUUAGCAUCUUAAACAUCAGCGGGAGUAAAAUGGGAAACCGCCGCACCGCUAACAUCCGCAGCCUGGGCUAUUCUGACCUAUUCUGCCUGUCCAAACACGACCUCAUGGGGGCGCUGCAGGACUUCCCUGAGGCCAGAGCACAGCUGGAGCAGAGGGGGCGGGACAUCCUGAAAAAGGAAGGGCUUCUGGAGGAAGUGAACAUCUCAGCUGGGGAGGAGCUAGAGGAGAAGGUGGAGAGGAUGGAGGCAGGUCUGGACCGGAUACAGACCUGCUUGGCUCGUCUGCAGAGUGAAUUUGCCUCGUCCCAGAUGCGUUUAAAACAGAGACUCACAGCUCUGGAGACUGGACUGACCACAGCAGUGACCGGCAGUGACCUGUCUGACCCCGAAGGCAGCGACAUUAACAUGCAACUAUAGAAUUACACCUGAUGCCCUCCCAUCUUCCUGUAUCUCUCUCGGAUGCCCUCCCAUCUUUCUAUAUCCCUGUGUGUCAGAUGCUCUCCCAUCCUCCGGUAUCCCUUUGUGCC